UACGCACUAACACCAAUAGCUAAUGAUGCAUGUAAAAUACAUAACCCUCACUUGAUCAUCAUCACCAAUAAUUCCCCAUUUGCAACACACACCAUGGAUUUGGAGAGCUGCAGCUACGUGCUGCCAUUGCUGACGUGCUGCCUCUUCUUGCUCUACUCCAUAACCUGCUAUGCCUUGGCGGCGGCGGCCGGCGGCGGCGGUUCUUGCGGCGGCUCCGACGAUCACGCCGCUCCCCGGAGCUACCCGCUGGUCGGCUGCCUGCUCGACUUCUACCGCAACCGCCGGCGGCUUCUGGCGUGGUACACGGGCCUCCUCGCGGCGUCGCCGUCGCAGACCAUCGUCGUCGACCGCCUCGGCGCGCGCCGCACCGUGGUCACGGCGAACCCGGUGAACGUCGAGCACGUCCUCAGGGCGAACUUCGGGAACUACCCCAAGGGGAAGGCGUUCACGGACGUGCUCGGCGAUCUGCUCGGCGGCGGCAUCUUCAACGCCGACGGCGAGCGGUGGUUCGCGCAGCGGAAGCUGGUGAGCCACGAGUUCAGCGCCCGCGUGAUGAGGGAGGCGGUGGGCGUCGCGCUGGAGCGGGAGGCGCGCGCGAGGCUCCUGCCGGCGCUCGACGCGGCGGCGGAGGGUGGCGGCGGCGUGGUCGUCGUCGACGUGCAGGAGCUGCUCAGGCAGUUCGCGUUCAACGUGAUCUGCAGGGUGGCGCUCGGCGGCGGCGGCGGCGAGGUGGCAUUGGCAUUGCCGCUGUCGAGGCUGGCCGCGGCGUUCGACGCCGCCGCGGCGAUCAGCGCCAGGCGUGGCGCGGCGCCGGUGGCCGCCGCGUGGAAGGUGAAGCGCGCGCUGGGCGUCGGCUCGGAGCGGCGGCUCAGGGAGGAGGUGAAGGUGAUACGCGACGCGAUCAUGGAGUUCGUCCGUGACAGCAGCAGCCGCCGGCGGCGGGAGCAGCUGCUGGCGGCGGCGCGCGGCCGCGACGACCUGGUGUCGCGGAUGGCCGCGGCGGGGUACCCCGACGAGGCGAUCUGCGACAUGGUGGUGAGCUUCAUCAUGGCCGGCCGCGACACGACGUCGUCGGCGCUGACGUGGUUCUUCUGGCUCAUGACGCGCCACCGCGACGUGGAGCGGGAGGUCCUGGACGAGGUCGACGCGUGCAUGGGCGACGGCGGCGAUGGCGGUGGCCUCGCCGGCGUGGACCUCGAGGGCUCGCGCAGGGCGCGGGUGCUCCACGCCGCGCUCUGCGAGACGAUGCGGCUGUACCCGCCGGUGGCGUGGGACUCGAAGCACGCGGCGGAGGACGACGUGCUCCCGGACGGCACGCGCGUGGGGCGCGGCGACCGCGUCACCUACUUCCCCUACGGGAUGGGCAGGAUGGAGGCCAUCUGGGGCGCCGACGCCGGCGAGUUCAGGCCGGGGAGGUGGCUUGCGGCGGCGGCGGCGGGCGGCGGCGUGUCGCCGUUCAAGUACCCGGUGUUCCAGGGCGGGCCGCGGACGUGCCUCGGCAAGGACAUGGCGUUCGUGCAGAUGAAGUUCGUGGCCAGCGCCGUGCUCCGGCGGUUCGAGCUCCGCCCCGUGGCGCCGGAGGGCUCGCCGGAGUUCGUGCCGCUGCUCACCGCGCACAUGGCCGGCGGCCUCAAGGUGACGGUGAGGAGGAGGCAGCGGCAAAAUGGCACGUGCGAGACAUGAAGCCAAUUUUAGUAUUUUUCUUAAUAGGUUCUUAAUAGAUGACGCUGUUAACAUUCGAAUAUACGUUUGACUAAUUAUCUUUUUAAAAAUUUUUUAAUGUAAGUGUAUAAGAUAUGAAUCAUGCUUAAAGUAUUUGUGAAAUAUAUUGUAUAUGGUAGUUAGAUAUUAAUAUUUGAGUCAUAAUAUCUUAUACUGCGAA